AAAUAACAGAACCGAACAUCAAUAAUUGUAAUGCCAUAAUUGUUGGCAAAAUAGCUGCAAAUUGGUAUAAAAGAGUAUGUAUGCUUCUUAACAUUGACAUAGUUUCUUAUUAAUAUCCAGCUAUUUUUCGGAUGCAUUUGAAACGGCCCUUUUACGUCAGGCACUUAACGGAGCUUGACGUCGUAACAAAGUCUUGAUUACGCACUUUAGCAGUCAACAUCAUGUUGAUAUUUAUAGAAAUAAACAAAUUAUGACGAAGAUUCAUUUUACGAAAUGGUAUUUAACGGAUGCAAUUUCGAAUAUUUAUUAAAUUGCACUAGUUCAUUAGUAUAGGAAGAACGCGUUGAUUUUGUUUGUCGUUUUGGAAGAAUAUGGCGAUAUUAAGAUUAUUUAUAGGUAUUGUAGCUUGCCUCCUGCUUCAUGUUUUGCAUGAGAUAAACUGUCAGCCGCCGUCACACGCGGGGGCGUUUGCAAAGAUUAGGCCGAGUGACCUUCGCGCUCUUCAGACGUUUCGAGGCAGGCAGCGUCUCACUAAGCCGCAGCCCGAUCUCAGUGCAGAGGCGGAUGUGAAGUCUGACCAGGCACUGGCGUCCCAGUCGACCGGUGUCGGAAACGAGCGUGAAGCGGCGGGCGUUAUCGCUCCAGUAAGGUCAACUACAGUGACUCCAAUAACGACACCGAAGUCCCCGCCCAUACGUUCUCAGAGAAUAGACCCCAUCGUUGUUUCUGAUCGUCGUCUUGAAGGAAAUGUCGUAGAGAAUCCGCAGAUCCCUUUCCAGGCGCAGGAACCGCAGCAAAAACAAACAGGCCCAAUCCGUUCUUCACCAUUGGGCGAUCCAAAUGUUGUGCCGAUUAAUUUUCCUUGGGGUUCCGCCCAGACCAUGGACUCGGUACAAAGAUCGCCAGAUAACUCUAUAUUUUCAUCAAGUAAGCAACAAAAUAUCGUACCGUUUGAUUCAUCUCGGGUUCCUUUGCGAGGGCCGGAACCGGAAUCUCGUGUGCCUGAUGUAAGAACUCCACAGCAAUCACUACCGGUUGAUUCUGCAUUUCCUGUUCCUCCAAGGCGAAGUGAGCCUAGACCGGAUUCAUUUGAACCCCUCGUAUCUGCGUCAAGUAAUCCACAGUUUUUACCUUUCGACUCUCCGAGGGUACCUUUAAGAACAAGAGAACCGGAAACCUCCGCGUCUGUCCCAUCAUCUACACAGGAUGUGCUUACGUCACCAAAUAUAGCGUUUGACCGCGAACGUGCCUUUAAUAAUAUAAUGGCGCCCAAUCAGCUGCAACCGGAAGUACCAGAUGAGCAGCCAACAGCUCUGAUCUGGGAUCAUCCGCCACAGAGCAAUUACAUAUUUUUAAGAAAGGUCAUUGUAAGACGUUACCGCGUUAAUCCCUGCCCGGGUGUCGCGUUCGGCUGCUAUUAUAUGGAACCGGUUUUAAAUAUCGUUUAUGUUCCUGUCUUGAUGGCAUAAACGUAACAAGCUAUGAUUUGUUGUAUUACAACAAAUCGACGACUUUUGAUUGUACUAAAGGGUCACAAACUAAGGUCAGACAGCAAUAACACAUACAUGUCGUACAUGUUUAUUUCAGCGGGAUGUACAUUCCCUUCGUCGCAGUUUCUCUUAAUGGUUUAUCACCAAUUGAGUGUUUUUAUUAGCUGGAAUUACGAGGGAAGCAUUAUAUUUUUACAAAUUAAUUUCAGUCAUUCUGUUCAUACACUCGUUGUAUUUCACGUGUCCGUUAUUUCAGGAGAAAAUCUGAUGUUAAACUACAAACCUAAGUCGUAACUUAAAUCUGUCGGUUGAUUCCUGAUAGGACCAUUAUGACCUUUCCGAGCACAGUCAUAUUUGUUCUAAUUGAAAAUGAGUGUUCGUGCUGAAGAAUGAGGGCUUUCAUGGUGUGCAGUUGUUGAUUUUUUGUUGUCUUUUGAAAUAUAUGCAAAUUGUGAACACUGGUGCCUGUAUGUACAAGUUGUCAAGUAAGUUGAAUUGCAAUCCGCUAUGGUGACAUUUUGUUUUAUUGCCAGUUAAUGUCGUACAAUAAGUAAGAAAUCCGUAUGCAUGUAUCGCCUGUCAUAUUUUCGUGAUGUUUUCCCUUGGUUGGUUCUCUACAAAAUUGUGUAUUUUUUUUACAUAUAUUUAAAUUUGAAUAAAAGCUUCUUUUAUGUACUU